AGUUUUACAGUUUCUUUCCCAGUCGCCUUUGUUGCCCACUGGUAUCAUCGCAAAUUUUUCUCCUUUUUUUUUCGCAAUUUCAAGGUUAGAUAAAAGUCGGAAUUAUGUUCUAUGAUGUAUACCAAAUACUUUAAUUCAAUAUACCUACAUUAUUAAGAAAUUUUUCUAAAAAAAACCUUUUGGAGAGUGUGGUUUCGUUGGAAAAUCCCAGAACCUUGCGAAACCGUUAGAAAUCAGUAGGAUGAUAAUGCAUAUUUUUUCAAUUAUAUAUUAUUAAAACGAUUAAUAAAUGUACUAGGAAAUAAAUUUGUUAUUUGUUUGUAGAUCUGCGACAUUCCAUACUAAGAGAUGGCUUCGUCUGAACCUAUGGAUAUAGAACCGGAAAUCGAUGACUCCUUAUAUAGCCGCCAACGCUAUGUCUUAGGAGACAUGGCUAUGAAGCGCAUGGCCAAAAGCGAUAUACUAUUGAUAGGACUUGGAGGUCUUGGGGUUGAAAUCGCCAAGAACAUUACAUUAGCAGGAGUAAAGAGUUUGACUCUACAAGACAAUGAAAUAUGUUCACUCCAAGACUUGGGAACGCAAUUUUUUAUCAAAGAAACAGAUGUUGUGAACGGAUUAAACAGAGCGUCUGCGUGUGCUAAUCUAAUUGCUGAACUGAAUCCUUACUGUAAAAUUCAAACAAUCGAAAAAGACGUAGACACUUCAAACUUGUCAUACUUAGAUACUUAUAACUGUGUAAUAUUGACCGAAUGUCCCUUGAAUGUUCAAAUGACUGUCAAUGAAUACUGUCGUUCAAAGAGUCCUCAGAUUAAGUUCAUUUCGAGCGAUGUAUUUGGAAUUAUUUCAUCUACUUUUUGUGACUUUGGUGACUCAUUUGAAAUAUUUGAUGCUGACGGAGAAGAACUUCAGGAAACAUUUAUAGACAGCGUAAAUCAAAGUAAAAAUGGCGUUGUGCAAUGUAUUGAGCAUGCAAGGCACGGUUUGGAAACUGGUGACUAUGUCACUUUUAAAGAAGUUAAGGGAAUGACUGAAUUGAAUAACACAUUAUUUCAAGUUAAAACAAUUGAAGGUGAUCCAUCAUCAUUAUGUAUUGGAGAUACUUCAUCUUUUAGUAAAUAUGAAGGUGGUGGUAUUAUGAAAGGUGUAAAAGUUUCUAAGACUGUUCAAUUUGAAUCUCUUUCUACUCAAAUUCAAAAGCCGUCUAUUGUUUACGCCGAUUUAUCUAAAUUUGAUAUGCCUUCAACUCUUCAUUUAGCUUUUAUAACUCUUCAUAAAUAUAUAGAGGAAAAGCGUAAGUUGCCAAGGACUUGGAGUGGAGAAGACGGAGAAGAAUUUCUUCAGAUUGCUUCCUCCUUGAACGGAAGUGUCUGUGACAAGAUUGAAAUUAACGAAGAAGUUUUAUUGAAAAUCUGCAUGACUGCCGGUGGAUGUUUAGCCCCUAUGUGUGCUGUUAUAGGAGGUAUUGUAGCUCAAGAGGCCCUGAAGGCCGUAAGUGGAAAGUUUACUCCUUUGAAGCAAUGGUUGCACUUAGAUGCUAUCGAAGUUGUGGAUGAGGGAGACUGUAAAAUAUUUGAACAAAAGAAUGACCGUUAUGAUUUACUGCGAACUUGUAUAGGAAAUAAAAUAUUGGAUAAACUUCAACAGCUAAGACUUUUUAUGGUUGGCUGUGGUGCCAUUGGAUGUGAAAUGUUAAAGAAUUACGCUCUUCUAGGUGUGGCCACAACAUCUGGCUGUGUGACUAUAACUGAUAACGAUCUAAUUGAGAAAAGUAACUUGAACAGACAAUUUCUAUUUAGGCCUAGACAUAUACGCAAACCAAAGUCUGUUAUUGCUGCCCAAUCGACGAGAGAUAUCAAUCCUGAAAUGAAUAUAGAGGCUCAUCAGCAGAAAGUUUGUCCAGAAACUGAAAAUACCACAUAUACUGACGGAUUUUUUACCAGCCAAAACGUUUGUGUGAAUGCUCUAGAUAAUUUAACAGCACGACGGUAUAUGGACUCAAGAUGUGUAGCAAAUCAGAGACCAUUACUAGAAUCGGGUACUAUGGGACCCAAAGGGCAUGUUCAAGUUAUAUACCCUUUCUUAACUGAAAGUUAUACAUCGCAAAGAGAUCCAGCUGAUAAUGAUGUUCCUUAUUGUACUCUCAAAUCUUUUCCUCAAAAUAUGGAUCAUUGCAUUCAGUGGGCCAGAGAAAAGUUUCAAUCGUCAUUCACUUCGAAGCCCUCCGCCAUGAAUAAAUUUUUUCAAGAAAAUCCUGAUAUAUCUAUUGUAACAUCAAGACUUUUAUCUGGAUCUGUGGUAGACGGGGCAGUUGUUGUCGCGAAAAUAUUGAGAAAUCAACCGUCUAAUUGGGCAGAUUGUGUAAAGUUUACGAGAUUGAAAUUUGAAAAAUAUUUCAAUCAUAGAGCAAAACAACUUUUACACAUCUUUCCCGAAGAUACAAAAUUAAAAGACGGUUCAGCGUUUUGGCAGUCGCCCAAACGACCACCAAGACCUGUUUUAUUCAAUUUGGAAGAUCCUGUUCAUUAUGAAUUCAUUAGAUCUGGAGCUAAGUUAUAUGCGGAUAUCUACAGGGUAAAAUAUCUGAAAAAGGAUAUGGAAAGAGAGAAUAUCGCUAAUAUUCUGAAAAAUCAAAUGAUACCUGAAUUUCGGCCCGUUAGGAAGGAAAUCGAGACUAGUGAAGCUGCCAAAAAACCAUCGUCUGCUGAGACUUUUGAUGCAGAUUCUUUGUCUCAAACUGCUGAAAUUAUCAGAGAUCGUAUGGAGGGUAUUACCCGCCCUAGUUUAAAUGUCCUAGAUUUUGAAAAAGACGAUGACGCUAAUGGUCAUAUCGAUUAUAUCAGUGCAGCCGCGAAUCUUAGAGGGGCGAUGUAUAGCAUAGAGAAGGAGGAUAGGCUAAAAAUUAAGAGAAUUGCCGGAAGAAUUGUUCCUGCUAUUGCUACUACAACUGCUGCUGUUGCAGGAUUAGUUGCCAUUGAGUUAAUCAAGGUUGUAAAGAAUUCUUCGCUUGAACACUUCAAAAACGCUUUCAUUAAUUUAGCGUUACCUCAGUUUGUUUUGUGUGAACCAGGAGCUGCUCCUAAGCGCAAAUUAAACUCUGGUCUUGAAUUUACAUUAUGGGACCGUCUAGAACUUAAUGGAAGUCAAUCCACAACUUUGCAACAAUUUAUUGACAUGUUCAAGGCAAAAUAUAAACUUGAGAUCAAUAUGGUUGUUCAGGGUGCAAAGAUGAUAUACAUGCCGUAUAUGCCUACGCAUAGGAAGAGACUGCAAGAACCGCUCGUAAAAUAUGCCAACGUCACACCUGAUAAGAAUUAUGUCGACCUUCUUGUGUCAUUUGAAGGUGCCGAAGAGGACGAGGAAGCUCCGCCUUUACGCUUCUACUACAGAUAG